UCUCAGAGAAAGCACGGCGCCUGGAAAACAGGUUUCUGCUUCGCAGAGAGGGGCUUUCAGUCAGGCAACUAAAGUAGGCAGCAGAGAACCCGUGCUGAAGAACAGUCCAGGCCAGUGUUUUGAGUGUAGGAGAUUUUUUAUUUCAAAUUCUUUCUGCGCUAUUCAUUGCUGGACUUUUAACAUAUUCACGCAACGACCGACGAUAAGCAAAAACAACCUAAAGUUACGCAGUAAGGAAGUACGUUUACGAGGAAAGGAAAACCAAACAAAGAAAGGAAAUUUGCGUACUGUUGAAGUACAGUUUUGUAAGCUGGAGAGCUGGCUAGUUUGGGAAGAAACACCAAAUAUAGUAUGGCUGUGCGCAAUGAUUUCAUAAUGACUUAUAAACCGUUUAUAUUUUUUCAGCUGUUUUUAUUGAUAAGUUUGGGAUCUAUUCGGGCAUACGGACAGAAUGGCGACCGGGGAAUGUCUAUUCCGGAGCACGGUUUUUGUCAGCCGAUUUCUAUUCCACUUUGUACGGACAUCGCAUACAACGAGACUAUCAUGCCAAAUUUACUGGGACACACAAACCAGGAGGACGCAGGGCUCGAGGUACACCAGUUUUACCCGCUUGUAAAAGUUCAAUGUUCUCCUGAUUUAAAGUUUUUUCUUUGCUCUAUGUAUGCGCCUGUAUGCACAGUACUUGAGCAGGCACUUCCCCCGUGUAGGUCAUUGUGCGAGAGGGCGAGACAGGGCUGCGAGGCGCUCAUGAACAAAUUCGGUUUUCAGUGGCCGGACAGCCUCGCUUGUGAGUCUUUCCCUGUUCACGGUGCUGGUGAGCUGUGCGUCGGGCAGAAUGUGUCUGAUAAAAGCACACCAGUCAAUCCCACCCCUGAUGUAACGGACCCAACGCAUGUCACUGGGAUUGUAAAAGGACAGUUCAAGUGCCCGGCGUCUCUCAAAGUCCCCAGUUACAUGAAUUAUCGCUUUCUUGGUGAGGAUGACUGUGGUGCACCGUGCGAGCCAAAUAAAUCCAACGGUAUGAUGUACUUCAACGAGGAGGAGUUGAAGUUCGCCAGAAUAUGGAUAGUAAUAUGGUCCGUGUUAUGUUGUGCAUCGACCUUAUUCACCGUUCUAACCUAUCUGGUGGACAUGAAACGCUUCAGUUACCCUGAACGCCCUAUUAUUUUCUUAUCCGGUUGUUACACCAUGGUAUCCAUUGCCUACAUAGUUGGAUUUCUCCUUGAGGACAAAGUGGUCUGCAAUGAUAGGUUUGACAAUGACAUUAGGACUGUGGUGCAGGGUACUAAAAAAGAGGGCUGCACCAUUCUCUUUAUGAUGUUGUAUUUCUUCAGCAUGGCCAGCUCUAUCUGGUGGGUCAUUCUGGCCCUUACCUGGUUCUUGGCAGCAGGUAUGAAGUGGGGUCAUGAAGCAAUUGAGGCCAACUCUCAGUACUUCCACCUGGCAGCGUGGGCAGUGCCUGCUAUUAAGACCAUCACCAUCCUAGCAGUGGGUCAGGUAGAUGGGGAUGUCCUGAGCGGCGUGUGCUUUGUGGGCAUCAACAGUGUGGAUGCUCUCAGAGGCUUCGUCCUGGCGCCUCUCUUUGUUUACCUCUUCAUUGGCACCUCAUUCCUCCUUGCUGGCUUUGUCUCCCUAUUCCGGAUCAGAACCAUUAUGAAGCAUGAUGGCUCAAAAACAGAAAAGCUGGAGAAGCUGAUGGUGAGAAUAGGGAUCUUCAGCGUGCUCUACACUGUACCUGCCACAAUUGUCAUUGCCUGCUAUUUCUAUGAGCAGGCCUUCCGGGAGCAGUGGGAGAGGACGUGGAUUAGUCAGACGUGUAAGACGUACGCUGUGCCCUGUCCGGCCUACCCGCACCACAAUAUGAGCCCAGACUUCACAGUAUUCAUGAUCAAAUACCUCAUGACUCUGAUUGUGGGGAUAACAUCAGGGUUCUGGAUAUGGUCUGGAAAGACACUCAACUCAUGGAGGAGGUUUUACACAAGACUGGCUAACAGCAAACAGGGUGAGACUACAGUGUGAGUGGUCUGGGGUGGUUGAGGACUCUGUAUGUACAGUAGCUUAUGCUGGGCGUCCCCCAAACACACAAAAAAACUGUUUGUUCACAGACUGAUUGAAUGAUAAUCAUUUUUUUGGACUUAAUUGCCAUGCAGAGACACUAUUAGAUAUUAUGUUUUUACUGUAUAUAAAAGAUUCUGUGAGAUUUUUGUAAGUAUAUAUUUGUAUUUAAAGAUCAAAAUUGUCUUUCGUUGUAAGUCUCAAUUAUAACAAACACUUCUUUUACACACUCUGGACAUAAUGGAAUUGUAACUUCCUAAUUAUGAUAAAGAGCCUACUCACUAAGCAGUAAGCAUUAUAGUUAUGGUUGUCUUAUGACCUGAGUUGGCUUAGCCCCUGCUGGGAGAAGCUAGUUGCUGUCUUUGAUCAGUGGACUGGCUGACUCUGAACAUUGCUUCUAUUCUAGGAAGCAGAGUCCCGUGAAACACAAGUGCUUCCUCGUGGGUCCUUAUUCCCUAUUAAUCGGCUAUUCUUUCUGCCCGACUUUUCUCUUCUGUUCCACAUAUUUCUAAAUGCCUGGGAUUUCAUGGUUUUCAAAAUAAUAAUCAGCAAUUUUACUACAAGAGAGGCAGUAUAGGUAUGUGAUUAUAUGCACUGUGUAGACUACAUGACAUGAAUCAUCUUAAUACAAAUGAAUGAGGAAAUGUCGACCCUGAAUAAAGCACAAAUAAUUGCACCAAAGUUUAAAGGUGUCUCUUGAUAAUUAAAACAAAAUAUGUAAAUAGAAUGACGGUUAAACAUUGUGCAGGAUCAAAAACAUGUUUCAGGAUAAAAAAUGUAUUUUUUUUUACUUCAGAUAAACUGCACAUUACCAGAAGAGA